AUUGAAAUUGGUCGCUGCCAACUUAACGAACUUAACGCGAUUGUUGAUUAAAAUAGUAUUAUUUUGUUUAAAUUUCAAGUUGAGUGAAAAGUAUUUUAGGGACUAUAAAAUAGGAAUUUGAAACUUGAACGCUUUAAUUAAAAUGGGAAGAAUGUCACAUUAAUUGACGGAAAUAAAUGCAAGCAUUGACGUAAAUAAAUGGUCAAUGAUGUAAUUAAAGUCUCUGUUCUCAGUCUCGAUUAAUUUCUAUAAAUAGGUGGUUUUAACGAUGUGUUUAUACGGAAAAAAAGGACUUUACAAAGACCCCAAGAAGAAAUCAAUAAAAUGUUUCACAAAUGCGUGCGCAAUUCAGUUUACGAUUAAAAAUUUAUCUCAAAAAUAAAAAUAACAUUGAUUUUAUUUAAAAUAACCUAAAAUGAGGUGUGUUUUUUUAUAAAGAGAAAAGUUUAUGGUUGGUUCUGUUUCAAAUUGCUAGUUAUUUUUAAGUAGACAACUUUUAUCGUUUUAUCGUCAAACUAGUCUUUUAAUUGCUACAUAGUUUAGUAAGAAUUAUGGGUUCAACAACUAUACCUGUUUUACUAGUCACUGCAAAUGUUGGAUCUAUAUUUGAAGAUCCAAAUGAAAUGCUUAAAAUAUGGACUGAAGAAUUCCUAUCAACUGUUUCCAAGCUAGACCCAAAAUUCAUUGGACUGCAUUGUCAAGAGGUUGGAGGAAAAAAUUAUGAACUCAGCAUGAAACAUGUUGAACAUUUUGUUAAAUUGCUCAUGUCUAGCAAUGAAUUACGCUUAUUUGAUAAAAUUAGAGUGUUUUUAGAUGAAGACUAUAGCUCUGCAGAGAAUUUUACAGCGUUGGGAAACUUAUAUUUUGUACAUGAAUCAAUGGAAAAUGUUUCAAUAUGGGACUUCAAAGAUUGUAUAUUUGUGCCUGCAAAGGGUAAAGAAAUACAUUCAGGUAACAUUGAGGCUGUUGUCACGAAAGAAAAAGCAAAAUUUCCACAAGAUUUUUUCCCAGAGUGCAAAUGGUCUCGAAAAGGUUUUAUGCGCACUAGAUGGUCUCUAAACGGAUCCAUAGUCGAUAUGGUGAAUAUACAUUUAUUCCAUGACGCUUCCAAUUUCAUAGCUAUGGAAUCAUAUCCAUCUGUGUACUGUAACAAUAGAAGAAGGGCCUUGCAGCACACUCUGCAGAGGUUCCACAAUGACCAAUAUGAUAAAGCCCCGUUUUUUGUGUUUGGGGAUUUCAAUUUUAGGACUGAUACUGAUGGUGUUGUUAAGAAAUUGACUGAUGGACUGAAAACCACGCGAAUUCAGAAUAAUAAAAAUAAUGAAUUUACGAAAUUGCAAUUCACAACUGAUGACAGUAAGUUAGUGUUGACAGUUGGGAAGAAGGAAUUCAACCACUCGGAUCACCAAACCGUAUUUUUAAACCCCACUUCUGAAUGGCUCAAGUCGUUUGACAAAGAAUUAGAAGCAUUCGAAGACACAUUGACUGAGUAUCCUGUUACUUUCCCGCCUUCCUAUCCGUUCGAGGAAAAAAUCUCUCAUGCCACCAGCUACAUGCAGACUAGAUGCCCUGCUUGGUGCGACAGGGUGUUGCUCAGCAAACAAGCCAAGCAACUAGUCGACGAAGAAUCCGAAGAAGUCAAAUACGGCCUUAUGGGAGUCGACACGUGCAUGGGUGACCAUAAGCCAGUCUAUCUAAAGAUACACCUAAAGGAAAAAGCAGGUACAAUCGUUUGUUGUGAACACGCACCUUUUGCUUGCUUGCCUGACAAAUGCCAAUGUUGCCAGAUUUACGCUUCAAUAAAAAUAAGUGUUGUAGACAUGAGCGACUAUAGCAAAACUAGUUUCCAAAAAUUGCCACUUGUAAAUUCGCAACUCCUACACGAACCUAUCACUCGAGAUAUGCUAUCGCACGAACCCUACACCCCGGAAAGCCAAGAUUCGCAUUCUCACUCGCCCCUACGAGCGGUCGUGGAGAACGGAGAGGACGAUAUUAAAAGUUCGGUGUCUCCAUUGCAACUUAAAAGUCGGUUAGAGAGCAUAAUUCGCAUGGAGUUGAACAGAUCUCCGAAACAUCAAAUGAAACGUUCCGCUUCCGAGAACGUUGACGUUGACAAGCCGAAACACUUUAUGUUCCGCACUCGGGCUAUGUCCGAGACCCCGAAACACGCACGCGUCAGACUGAUUUCCACUCCUAAGUCGGGAUCUUUGAACCGACUCCAAAGUCAUCACAGUUCCUCGGACGAAGAUUGGUUCGAGUUUGAGAAUGAGAACGGAUCUCCCGCUAAACUCGCCCAGUGUUUCGAAGAAGUGUCAAUCGUUGACGAUCCCGUAGAUGUUCCUAUUAUUGCGGAGGAUAAGCGCAAAAAGAAAAGAUGGCCGCAAGCUAAGGAAAACGACAGUGUCAAGGUGACAGAUGUCAGAAAAAUCGACGACAUGAUUGAUCCUGCGACUGUGACUCGAUAUAUUUACAUACAAAACGUUGAUAAACCCGUUAAGAUAUUUAGGGAAACCGCCGUUUAAUUUUGUUAUUAUCUUAAGUGUUGUUUUUUAUUCAGGUCGUUAAAGAAAAACAGUAGAACAUUCAGAAGAAAAAUGUGUUGUGUUACUAUGGCAACGAAAAAAUUUAGACAAGAUAAUUUCGUUUUACAACUUUAAGCUAAAAGCUCCUUUAACUCCAAACUUCCUAAUUUAGGUGAGUUUCAAAAUAAUUGAAUAUCCGAACCCGCCUUUAUGCUUUAUCACGUGAUAUAGUCACAUUUUUUUUGCUUGGAAACAAAUUAUACAGGGUUCAUUGGAGUUUUUGGACAAACCACCAAAUGUCUUUUAGAAGAGUGUAUUAAAAAACAAUAUUUUAGACAUUAUUAGCCUAUAAUUCAUAUUUUAACAAUAUUUGUGGGAAAUACUUUUCUUCUAAGUGUUCUACUUUUUUUCUACCAUUAUAUUAAGUUUUAAUGAGUUUAAAUUUAUUUGUACACAUUAUUUUUUUGUGGUUUUUGUUAUAAACCAUAAUUAUUUUGUUUUUAUAUUAAUUUUUGUUGGAUAAUAUUGUUUACCAGUGUUAACUAAUUAUUAUUUUGGUGGUCAAAAUUUGAAAUAUGCUACAUUGGCGGAACGUAGCCAAUGUAGCUUAUUGGGCUUUUUAAAUUAUUUUUUAAUAAAAUAUGUUGACGAUUAUUUUUUUAAAAUGGACUACAAAGUUGUAUCAAAAAAUGUUGAUACUAAAAAGUUGUCAAGUCAGUAGAAUAAUCUUUUUGCAAACGAAGAAUAAAACAAAUUACAGUUGGUACUGCUUAACUGAACAGUAACUUUCGUAUUAAUUUACACUUUUAAAAUUCCUAUUUGAUAACCGAUCCUCCAAAGUACAAAUUGUUAGUCUGAUAAUUCCGCUAAGGAACUUUUUGAGGUGGAAUUGUUGAGCUAUUCACGUCCAACCAUUUUUAUAAGAAAACAAUAUUUAUUUAACAGUUUUAAACAUAAGACAACUGACUGAAAUAUAACCUUUAAUUACAGUUUUAUUAGAAGAUUAGGAAGACAUAACUUAUAUUAUCAUUGUAAAUCGGAAAAAAAAUGUCGGUACGUUGAAAGUGUUCACUUUUAUUUUUCUUGUAUAUUUGAAUUCGUUCUGAAAAAAAUUCAUUGUCUAAUGUACAAUUCGUCGUCAAUAUCACGAAGUGACUUAACUCGAUUUUCACAACUUUACAAGAGAGCGUUUUAAAGUUUUUUUUAUAAAGUUACAUCUCUUCGUGAAAUUAUCAGAUACACCGGUUAGAUUCGUGCUAUUUUAAUAAAUAAAAUAAUUGAGAUACGCAAUUUCGUGAAAUUGUAGAGCAUACUUUUUUUACAUAAUAUGUGACUUAUCUCAAUUUUCAAUUUUUUCGAGUUACGUCAACUUCGUGAUAUUGACGACGAAUUAUGACAUUUUAAAAUUAUAUUUUAUCUGCUGUUUUUAACACCAUUGAGAAGUUUUUUUCUCUCUAUGAAUACCCUGACUUUUCUGAUUUCUCAAGUAUUUUAAAAAAAAUGAUGGUAAAAAAUAAAAAUGAACACGCUUGUUUUGAUUUAUAUACAGGGUGAUUCAUAAUUUGUCGGAGGACAUUUUAAUUGAAUGAUCAAAAAUGAGGUAUGGACCAAAAAGGUUAUACAGUAUGUUAACACGACGAUCCAGGCAAAAUAAAGAUGAGGAGCUUAUUAUAUUUGGAGGUGAGAUUGGUUUAACCCAGAGAUAACAGAGAUAUAAGCAGUCAUUGAUAAAAUAUAAUAUUCAAUAUUUUUUUUAUGUUUAAAGGAAAAUGAAAAAUAAGAAAAUAUAUACUAUUUAUUGAAGUAUCGAUUAUGUAUAUGAGGCUAUUGCUUUGCAAAAUACAAUAAAUUCCCAAUAUAAAUAAAUUAUAAUAAUAAUAAUAAUAAUUGGAAGGAAGUAUAUAAGGCAUAAAUUAAUAAUAUUAAAAUUUAUAAUUACAAGACUUUCAAACUAAUCUGAAUCAGAUUCACCACACGAAUCAACAUUUUCCAAAACAUUAGCGGCUGUGGUCAAACUAUUUCUGCAGUUUUUCUGUGCCAUACAGGUGCAGGAACCGAUACAGCAAAUAUUUUUUUUCCUGCAUUUGUAAAUUUUGCUUACACAUUCUAGAACAGAAUAUUAUUGUUAGAAUAUUGUAUAGUAUCUUUUUUGCAUUUGCAUGAUGUAAGUUCUGUUAUGUCUGGUGGCAGAUCGAAUAGAGUCUUAAAAGUGGGUAUCAGACUUCCAUCUUGAUCUACUUUCCAUCCAUACUCUUCAACAUUAAGAAGCUGCAUCUGGGUUUAAAGAGCUUAGCCAAAUAUUUAGCUGGUAAAAAUAUCUUAAACAAUGUAGUCUUAGGGCGUCUUCAGUCGGUGGCAAUUUAGCGAUGGUUUUUGAAGAGGCCAAUAAUCCCCUCAGUUUUGAAUAAAUUUUUAUGAAAAUUCUUUCAAGAUUAGAGAAUAUGUUUUCAGAGUAGGGUAACAUGGGGUUAACUGAAACCAUCUGAUGGAAAUAUUUAAAUUGAUAUUCCGGUUUGAAAGCUUAGACCAAAAUUUUGUCUAGGGCAUAUAAUUUGAUCAUAUAACAAUGGAAAAAAAAUACAGCUGACACACAGUUUAUUAAAAGAAGCCUAUUUUUUUUAUUUUUUGUAUUCCUGCAAUAUGGUUCAGUUAACCCCAUGUGCAGGUUAACGCCCGUAUGCACCGUACACGUUUAAUCCAGAUCAAGGGUUUAAUCGCGUUUAGUACCAUUUUUAGCUAUGGUACUACGGGCGUAACUGAAACAUAUGGGUAGGUUAAUUGAACAUAUGGGUAGUUUAAUUGAACAUAUGGGUAGUUUAAUUGAACAUAUCUUUAAAAUAAUAAUAAAAUACUUGAAAAAUAUAUAAGUAACAGGUUUGAAAAAAAUAAUGAAACUUACAUAAGGAAAAAUGUAUUAGCUAAAAUAUUAGAAAAUUUUAAAAAACUGAAAUUUAAAUCACUGAAAUCAAUGGAAAAUGAUGUCAUGUUUGCAAAGCGAGCGCUGCUACUUUUUAUUGGAGGUUGUAAUUUCAAACAUCUGCUUUGGAUACGAAACCCAUUUCAUUUUCAUCUAUAAAUUUGUUGGUUAUAACGUUUCAGAAAAGUUACGUCGUAACCAUUGAGCAUUUGCUUACGAACUUUAGCAACAUAAUGUCGAAAGUUUAUAGCAGUUUUUCCAAAAACUUUUACUAUAAUAUAGUCUCCCUCUAAAACAUCACUGGAUAUCUCAUUGUAAUCGUCAAAAUCCUCUGGUGAAUCUGAACUUUCGUGAUAACUUAUAUUUUCUUCGCUGGCAGAGGAGCUAGAUUCCAAAAUACGUUUCGUUACUGCUUGUCUUUUGGUUUCAUUUACUUUUUGUUGUUUAUUUUUCUUAUCUUCACGAUUUUUAGCCUCUUCUUCUAGACUUUCUUUGAUGGGAGUGUUGGUUAGAAUCAAGGAUUUUCCUAUCUUACGCCUAGUUGCCAUUUUUCUUGGAGCAGCUUUUGGAAAGGGACGAAUUUGUUGAGGUGUUAUUAGUUUAGAAGUUCCAGGACACUGUUCGUUUUGAUUUAAGUUUAAUUUCUCGUUUGAAGGACCAGGUGUUGGUUCUAUUGUCAUUGGUGACGGUUUGGCAGGUAUUUCUUCCGUUUGGGGUUGGGAUAAUUGACAUUGUUCGGGGUUUGGUCUGUCUGUCACAUACGAUGAUAAAAAAGCCUCUUCAGAAAAAAUGUCGGCAUUAAAUGGUUCUAUGCCGGUGGCCCUGAAUCCACUACAAAUAUUUUUUGGAGUAAAAGACUGUAGGAAAGCUUCUCCUACGAGACCACCGACUUCAUAUAUAGUAAUCGUCUUUCCAGGAUGAUUUACCAUCCACCUGUCACAAGCAAUAUUAUAAAACUUUUUAAUUGGACCGAAAACUGCAACGUCAAGAGGUUGAAGCUUGUGGCUGCAGUGUGGGGGCAAAGUUAGGAGAAUUAUGCCAUUUUCUUUUGCGAAAUUGAGUGCAGCAAUACUCAAAUGACUUUCGUGGUUAUCAAGUAGGAUCAACUUCGGGUGUUCUUUGGACGGUCUUUCAUGCUGAGCAAAGUGCUGUAAAACAGGUAGAAAUAAACUGCUGUUCAUCCAUCCAGAUGGAGUAGCGGCGCCUUUUGUCCCAGGUGGAGUUCCGUGUAACAUGUUAUCCUUAAAAUGGACACGAGGGAAUGUAAAGAACGGCGGUACGUAACGGCCUGUAGCGCCAAUAAUACCCACAACUGUAACCAAUGUCCCUCGUUCAGCAGAAGUUAUUUGGCCCACGCCUUUUUGGCCUGUUGUGGCUAGUAUUUUGGGCGGCUUGUGAACAGUAGUUGCUCCGGUUUCAUCCAAGUUAUAGAUGUCUUCGCUUUCGAAGUUAAAUUUCGUUUUUACCUCUAGAAGGUUUUUGAAAAAAGCUUCAACAUUUGUUUUGUUGAAGCUUGUUGCUCUACUCAUGCUGGUCUGUUCUGGGGUUCUUAAUGAUAGCUUGUGUCUCUUCAUAAAGCUAACCAUCCAUUCUCUUCCUGCCAUACUUUCUCUGAUCCAACUGUCUUUAACACUUUUGUUGUUAGCCACCGCGUAUUCGUAGGCCAGUUUGUUUGCUUGAUAAACCGUAGUGAGUAUUGCAAGCAUGUUGAAUAUAUUUCUUUAAAACAAGUUCUUCCUCUUGCGAAAAAACCAUUAGAUGCUCAUUGGUUGGUCGAAAGUUAAUGGAAUUUAUGUCUUUAUCUCGAGCUUUAUCGACGUAUCUUUUCAAGGUAAUUCUGGGUAUAUUUAGGGUCAUGGCAACACUUCUCACCGAACUACCUUUUUCCAGAACUUCUUGGACUGCUUGCUUUACUAGUUCGGCAGAGUAUGACCUGUUGUUGGUCGUGCGUGCCCUGAUGCGUGGCAUAAUUCUGAAACAAUUACAAAAAAUUACGAAAAUCGCUAAUUUACAAAUUGCAGGUUAACUGGACACCUGUUCAUUUAACCUGUUGUGACGUGUCCAGAUAACCUGUUGUAUAUGUAAAAAAUAUAAACAAAUAAUUUCUAAGCAGCAUAAGGUUUAGCAAUAGUUUUAAUAAUGGUAAUCAAUAGUAAAGUGCUCACGCUUAAGUUCUAUCCACUAAGAUUUUGGGUGUAUCACUGAUUUCGGCAUGUGGCACAAAAUAUCUGGGAGGUCGAAAAUUUACAUAGCCGCUACUAAAAUUAUUUUAGGUUAUGAUCGCUUUAUUCGUAAUAUUUUAGAAUUUAUUAAUAAACUUAUAGUGACAUCUGUUAGCAAGUCACUGAACUUCCAAAAGUAGAGGCCAUUACCAACAAUGACAUGACAGAUGUACGUAAGUGUUCAGUUAACCUCAUGUUACCCUACUGAUCAGUGCCAAAUCCAUCCAAAACGUA